UCAGCAACUUUUUGAUAUCCGCCUAGCUGUGUGUCUGAACUAUUGUGCCGGACCUCCAAUCAACAUCAUUCCUCAACUUUUGGAUAGUAGUAUCAUAGUUCGCCCGUUUUCCGGCCAGCAGCAGGGCAGCGGACAAUGGAUUGCCGCCGCCAACUUGGAAACGUCGAGUAAAAGUUGAUGUGAACGAAGAAUCUGAUUCAUGGCAGACACUCGUUUGCCGGAUGUGGUUCCGGCUAAAGAUCUGGCGUCAGGCAAGGAAGCAGUCGAACUCAUGUCCGGGAGCAGCGCCGCUCAGCUCAACAGUGAUAGUAGUCAAGUGGGAAUGCCCGAUUGGCACAUGACGGUUCUCAGUGCUAAUGAGGAUCAUCCGUCAGAUACGCCGAUAGUGCACAUAUGGUCCAGUAGCGAUUCAAACGACUCGAACGAUUCGUCUCUGCUGGCCAAGCCGGAAGAAGUUUGCUCCCGUCUGGAGCAUCAGAUUGAGCACCGGAGCGAUAGCCAACUCGGCUCGGAUUCCGGCAUUGACUCUCAGCUGGCGAGUCCCACCGUGAUAGACGGGGGUUACAACAAGUUGCAAGAACAAUCUGCCUUCGUAUUGGACCUGUCGGCGAAUCACUUAUCCGUGCCGAGUCGGAUGAAACUAGGCAGCCUGCGCAGCAGUCUAGAGAAGCACAACCAACAGCAGCAGCAACCAAAGUUGAACGAAGAUGAACCCCCCAUCGUUGAAAAUAGCGUUCACGGAACUGGAGAGCAGAGAAACGAUCCGUCACCAGCUAAAACUAUUCCAACUUCGCCCAGAUUUUUGCCACAGAAAAGGCAUCACCGGAACUUUUUACCAGUGGAUUACAGUCUAGACGGCUGGCAGUCACCACGAUCGGACAAUUUCCUGAAGAUUCGUUCGUUGCCGAGUGAAUGUGAGCAGCAGACGGAGAUGGAAGAGACAAACAGUUUGGCGGUCAGCUGGUCCGAUACUAGCAGCACUCCGAUUACGACAAAUUCCGGCCGUAAACAACAAACGACAACUUCGUCACCCAAGAUCUGCGUUCAACGGGAUGCUCACGUCGACCGGAGUUUUCACGAAGGCCAGUCGUCCAUCGUCAGUGAACGCAGUUGCAGUUACGACUCUCAAGAAUCGUCGCACUUUCUGGCCGAUCAGGAAAGCGAUUCCCGAUGUUAUUCUCCUUCACGCAAGCCGAGCUUCGGCUCCAUUUGCAGUGACUCGUGCACAGACAACAACAUGGACUCGCGGACAUCGAUCAAGCCGACACGUUCAUCUCAUCACAAUUCCUUGUCCAGAAGUUCAUCUUCACGAUCGACUUUCCUCUCAGUUCCCACCAGAGUACCUAAUCACCUGUGGCUGUCAUCCACUUCCGAUCAGCAUCAAACCGAUCACAACAAGGAGCAGCACGGUCAAUCCUCGGCGAAUUCGCAACUAGGAUCCACGUCGUCGCUGAUGGCAUCGCACUUCAGCCUAUCAAACCCGUACCUGCGGCUGUGCCUGAACGAAGGCGGAAUCAACGACGCCCUGCUGCUAAGCCUUGCUGGAGACGAAACGAACCACCACGCCGUUCUCGACAUGUUUGACGAUCCUUAUUACGAUUCGGCAACCGCUGCCGCCGUCCAGUUAUCACUCACCCAACGGCUGGCCUUCCCUCAGCUGGUGGAGAAUGACCCAGAAUCGGACAAACAAAACAAUCGCCAUCAGCAACGCAACCAACUCCCUAGAGAAGAGGGAAGCCUCAAUUUCUUCGCCAAAAUCAUCACCUUCCUGGUUCUCGUGUUCGUCAUCGUCCUAGUGGUAGGUGUCCUCGUCAAAAUAUCGCACACACCUCGAUAGCUGACGGCCAACCGAUCGAUUCUUCUUUCAAUUUUUUGUUUUGCGAAUAACUGUAAGAUACGAUUGAUUUGUAAUUCAAUUUUGUAUUCUCAAUUAUUUUACAAUGUCCUUGCAUUACUCCCUCCCCUUUUGUCUGGCACUCUUUCAACGUUGUUUGGGGGCCUACUAGUGAGGACGGGAAUAAGAGAAGCUGCAGCCGUUUCCAGUCAACAUGACGUCAAUUCACUUCUUCUUCGGCUUUCACGGGUUUGAUUCGAUUUUGCCGAGCGACGACGAGCGUCAGUGCGUUUCUCAUUCAACUGACUGUCAUAAGAACGAAUUAUGCACCGCUCGCUGGAACUUUCUCGCAAUAUACUGUUGGUUUUCUGUUGCUGA